CCACCCCUUGCAGCCUGGCCCCGAGGCCGUGCCAUGGGGUCCUGCAGCCCCCAGCACCUCCUCUCCACUCUCUGCAUCCUCUUGGUGCUGUCAGGGCACCUGCCCCUCACCACAGCUCAGUGGUAUUACCUGGGCUUGGAGGACACCACACCAGACCCGGGCACCAACCCCACAGCUCCUGCAAAACCCACCCUGGAUGGGAAGAAAGAUGUAGACACUGGCAGUGUGGAGACCUCCAGGAAGAUGCUGCUGAGCAAACCCCCUCUGGCGACAGCCCCCAGACGCCGGGAGCCCUUUGCCAGGGCAGCAGCGAAGGGCCCGGGCCAUGCCCCACCGCGCAGACGGGACCAGCAGCAUCGACCCAUGGCCACCCCAGAGAUCUUCGAGGGGAGCGCAGAGGAAGAGGAGUUUCUGCAGAUCAAGACGACAGCAAAGGGGCUGCCCCCGACCCCGAAGACGGACCCUGCACUCCAGAUCAAUAACGGCUCUGGCUGCAUCUGCCCUGUGCGCCCCGGCCCCCCCGGGCUCCCCGGCCCAAAGGGAGAGAAAGGUGACCGAGGGUACCCAGGAGAGAGAGGACAGCCCGGGUUAUCUGGGGAGAAAGGGAAGACUGGCAACCCAGGGCAGCCGGGACACCAGGGUCCCCGGGGCCCCCCAGGUCCUCCAGGACCACCGGGGCCCCCAGGACCAUCAGGCCCCCGGGGAGACAGGAGCUCACUCCUGCCCGCUGCCCUUCCUGAGGGAUCAGAGAAUGAGCUGGGAUUGCCCAGCUCUGCAGGGAACCCAGGACAUCCAGGGCCCCCUGGGCUGCCUGGUCUGCCUGGACCCCCGGGCUACCCAGGCCACGAAGGGCCCCCUGGGGUUCCCGGGAGGGAGGGACAACCAGGACCCCCCGGACCACCAGGGACUGUGGGACCACCCGGAUUUCCUGGGGCUGAAGGGCCCCCGGGGUCUCCAGGUUCAGCUGGGCCAGACGGACCCCCAGGGGCACCAGGGAUUCCAGGUCCACAAGGGCCCCCUGGGGUGCCUGGGCACGAUGGAGCUCCUGGUCCCCCAGGACCUGUGUCACUCCCUGGCAAACCAGGGCUCCGAGGGGAGCCAGGAUUCCCAGGACUAAAGGGUGAGAAGGGUGAGCAUGGACUACCCGGCAUGCCAGGGACCCCCGGCCGCACCGGAGAGAUGGGAGCCCCUGGCAUGCCCGGUCCCAUGGGACCGCCAGGGCCACCAGGGGAGUACAGGUGUGACUUGCACCACGCAGGGCACCGUGGAUCAUCUGGGCCACCGGGCCCCAAGGGAGAAAAGGGCGACCCUGGAGAGCGGGGGUGCUGCUACGGGGAACAUGGAUGCAAGCCAGGCCACCCCCCAUUGCCCAGCACCAGCAGCCAGUCUGGUUCCUGGGUACCCAUCAGUGGGUACCAAACGGGUGGUAAAGAUGAGUCAGAGAUUUAUGGAGCAAUCAUCCCCCACGGUCUUCGAGGUCCCCCCGGACCGCCCGGGCCUCCUGGACCCCCUGGAGCACCAGGUCUCCUCUACCUCAAUAGAAUUUACCCCAUUCGUCCCCAGACACCCUGCAAGCAUCCGGCAGCCGCUGGCACAGGCUGGGCAGCAGACGCUGACAUCCCUCGGGUGGAGCCACAGGAGUCCCACACCGAUCCUCAGCGCCAGACCUGGGUGUUCAGGUCCAAGGAGCAGAUGCUGAGGUCGGGCAGCACCGUGCCCGAGGGCAGCCUGGUCUAUGUGCGGGAGGGGAGCAGUGCCUUCCUACGGACCCCCACCGGAUGGAGCCGCCUCCUGCUGGAGGAUUCAGAGUCGCUCUUUGCCGGUGAUGACCCCUCUGCCUCCACCCCACGGUACCAGGAGGCUAAGAGGGUGCAGAUGAGAAGUCCCAACACCAGGCCACCUACCCUGGCCCUGACAGACUCACUGGUCCAUAAGGAGACAGGACAAGGACUGCCCCAGAUCCUGCCAACCACCAUUGCCCCACGGAUCCCAUCACUCCGUCUGGCUGCCCUGAACGUGCCUCUCACGGGUGACAUGAGUGGGAUCCGGGGUGCCGACCUGCAGUGCUACCGGCAGUCCCAGGAGGCCGGGCUCUAUGGCACCUUCCGGGCGUUCCUGUCAUCCCCCACCCAGAACCUGAUCUCCAUUGUCAAGAGGACGGACAGGACCCUCCCCAUUGUCAACCUGAAGGGACAGCUGCUGGCCAAGUCCUGGAGCUCCCUCUUUGAGGGUCAGGCCAGUGCCACCCUACAGGGCCCCAUCUAUUCCUUCAACAGGCGGAAUGUGCUGACAGAUCCCCUCUGGACCCACCAGUUGGCCUGGCACGGAUCGACACCGCGGGGAAGCCAAGCCCGCAGGCGGGACUGCCAGGGCUGGCGCAGCUCCGAUGCCGGGGAGGGCCUGGCCACCCCCCUGCAUGAGGGCAGGCUGCUGGCAGGGCAGCGACACAACUGCUCCCAGGCACUGGCAGUGCUCUGCGUGGAGGUGGCCUUUCCCUACCGGCACAUGUGGUGACCCUGGCACAGGUGACCCACACCCCACACUCCAGGAGGCUUUGGGAAAUAACCCUGGGAGCUCCGUGGGCAAUGCCAGGGGAAGAACUGCAGCAUCAAGGCUGUGCAGGAGCACUGAGGGGACAGAUGUGCUGUGCUUGUCCUCGGCUGUGAUGUCCCUGCAGAUCCCCAGGUGUGGGGUGGCACGGUGGUGACAGGUUGAGCCCA